AUGGCGGAGUCGCUGGGUUCACUGCUCUCUUUUCCGCCAGAGCAAGGCGUGUCAAUCGGUGCAAAAGAGUAUGACUCGAAGAUCGUUGCCUAUAUCAAACAGCUCAAUCAGAUCCCGUCGGCGCAAUGGUCGAGUGCCGUUGAUAAGAAGAACAUUCUUGAUGUGCUCGAUCCUUCGAUCAAUUCCCUCCCAUACCUCUACGCAUUGAACGCUCAGGCGAGUGAAGAUGUGGAUCAAGAUGGCGAUCGACUCGUUGCGUGGGUCGGCCAUGCAACCAAUUUCUUGCAGUCAUUUGAUCCUGUGCAAUUAAGAUACGAAGGCGGACAAUGGUACAAAUUCUUGCAUACUGUGCUGCGGAUACAUGAGACACAGGGAACACAGAACGUGGAUGCAGUCAUUUCGGCAAUACUGCGUUUGGAUCCCACCGCUGGCACAUUCACCGUGUGGCACUCACGGAUCGUGAAACUCUGUCUUGCUGCAGGCAUCCCCUCACAAGCGCUGCCCAUACUUGACAAUAAUAUAUUUGCCUUUCCGCAAGAUCACGUCAAAUAUGCCUCCGAAGAUGUCGUCAGUGACCCUACGAAUCUCAGCAACGCAUACAUCACCGCAAAGUCAGGAUUCACAUCACGGAUAAAUUCUGAGAUGGUGCUGGAGUACUAUGUGCUCGGAGCGCAGAUCUAUCUCGGUUUGGGAAAUCUAGACCGCGCACGCUUGUUCCUCGAAUACAUCCUUCUAAGUCCUGGUGUUCAGCAUGCCGUCAGCGCCCUCCAAGUAGAGGCUUACAAAAAGUGGAUCCUCACAGGUCUGCUAUCCGAGGGACAGUCGUUUCCUCUCCCCAAAACCAUCAGUCCAUCAAUUGUGAAAGCUGUAAGGGCCUCCUCCAAAGCAUACGACUCCUUAGCGGAGAGUGCGAACAAGCGGGACUGGAAGAAAUUUCAAGCAGAAGUGGACCGUGGUAAUGAUAUCUGGAACGAUGAUGGCAACGCGAAAUUGGUCCGAAAAGCCAGCGACGCAUUACUACAUUUCUCCGUCAACGACCUCAGCAAGACGUUCGUCGCGCUGCCGGUGUCGAGGGUUGCAGCUCAUCUCGAUCUCCCGGUCGAUGCUACCCUGCAGAUCCUCGCAAGCAUGGUCAGCGCAGGCAGCUUACAAGCCGACGUCGGCGGUCAAGGCGCCAGCGCAGUAGUCCGUUUCCGAGCAAAGGACACGCAAGAUGAUGGAUUGGCAAGCACGGAGGCCCAAACGGAGCGCAUCAAGACGUUGGCGGUGUAUAUCCAGGACGCGGACCGCCGACUACAACUCACAAAGGAGUACAUCGACAACCAAAAACGACAGAAGCUGUUCUCCGGUCCUGAUGGCGAUCCCGCGGAUGCGAUGGAUUUGUCUUACGACGCGCCCACCAUGGCGGACGAUGAUGUGGGUGACGAGGAUAUCAUGGAGUGA